GCAGUGCGUUUCGGGCCCCUGCUCAGUUCUCACUGAUCUCUGUAAACGUGCAGAAGUGCGUGUAGUGAGUUUUUGUCGUGAAGCAGUGAGCGACGUUACGCGGAAGCUGCUAGGUCGCAAUCGUAAAGUUAAACCUUGAGCGUGCAAAACGAACUGGUGAAAGCAAGUGUUGAGUUUCGAAACAAAGAGCAAACAGAAAAGUAAAUAUUUCCAAAACUCAGCCAACACUAGAAUAACCUAGUCGAAACAAAGCAGUCAAAGCUAAAGUAAGAGAAUCGUUCCAUCUGUAAUCACUUCUUCGUGGCGCUGCUUGAUGCGUAAUUAUUGUGAGACAAAACAACACCAUCAUAUCGUUCCGCAAGCAGCGCGCUGUAAAUAGUGGUGCAUAGAGAAUUUUGUGGUUUGUAGUGUUUGGCCGUGACCAAUAAAUCGGGAAAAGCAGCAAACCCCCCCUACUGACGGCGUGUGUAAUCGUGCGUUUCUAGAAGCAGCACAAUAUUACCAGCUCUAAAAACCAGUAAACAUCAACAGCAGCUCCGUUUCGAGAGGAAGAAAAAUCGGAUUAAAAUAAAUCCAUUCCCCCUUCGAAACAAGGCUGGCUGGCUGGCGUGUGUUGUUGUCUUCGGCUUUUCUGUGCUGCCUGCACAACAAGAGUGCGUUAAGAGUGUGUGCAACAGAAAUCUAAACCGCCGUGCCACCAAAUCUGGAAGGGAAGUGUGUGCAUGUAUAUAUACAUAUAUGUGUGUGUUUGUGUAAUAAACCUUCACAGAAUUUCACGCGUGGUACGAAAAUUGUGUGCUGUGAAAAUAUAAAAGCGGCGACCAUCUUUUCGCUGGGCUGUAUUUUGUGCAAGUGAAAAGUCAGCCCACCCUCGCAGCAGUUCGGGGUUUUCUCGUCCGUGGCGUAUAGUGGCCAGAGUGAAAAUCCUACCUAGAAAAUCGACACAUAAAUCUUUCCGCUGCCCGGGAUCGCCCAAGGCGCGUACACUGAGUUUUGAUUCUUUCCGGAUUGCCAGCUACUACUGCUUCCGUGUGCGACAAGAUCACCGAAAUUGCAAGUGAAGAGUGUGUGUGUGUAAGUGACGCAUUAAAGGUGUGUGGUGGGCUUGAAAAGAGUGACGCUUUACUCUGCGUUAGGCGCUCACCUUUAAAGCCUCCAGUGUCAAACGGGCGGAGGAGGCCUGCGUCUCUUGUGAAGUGUUUGCCGAAUUUUCACGCAGCCAAGCAAUGAGUGCAAGUGAACACAUUUCCACUGCAAAAGACAUCUCCAGGUGACCUGAGAAGCAGAAAAAGAACGUGCUGCAAACUUGAACAUCGCCACAAAAGGGUCCGACGGAAUAUGGUCAUCGUGCUCGAAGCAUAAAUCAGCACACAGACACACACUCACACAUACAACCGUUUUUUCCUCCGUGACAGUGAAAUUGAAUCGAAGAAUUAGUUACAGUCAAACACGGUGCGAAAUGCUGUGAACCCGGGCGAGAUUAUUUAUUGGCCAAUUCGCAUUCGACAAGCGGAAAUUGCAUUGUGAGAACGCGGGCUUUCCCAAGCACCACCAGAGCGAAGCCGUCCUCUCUCCGGGUCGAUGGAUGAUUGCAUCUUUUAAGUGAUUUAAUUGUGAUUAGAAUCUAGCAAAGUGUGCGAUGAUUAAAGUGCAAAAAGGCUUCGGUGGUGCAUAUUGAUAAAUGGUACAGAGCAGCAGCAGCAGCAGCACGUACAGUCGGAUGCGCUGGCCCCAGCUGCCGGAGAGCGAAAAGUGAAAAUACCGGUGUGUGAAAAUUGUUUGCAGACGUGUGCAUAUCGGUGUGCGUGUGUGUGCGUUGGUUCGUUUUGUGAAACCGGUCAAGCGUACGCGGGUGCUGGUGUGAGUCAAAGGCAGAGUGUGGAAUCGAAAAGGUGUAGAAGAAGAGAAAAAAACAGCCAGGACAGUGAUUUGUCCGUAACGUCACACCCCGGUGGAAAGGGCGGAAAAAUCAAAUUUAAAAAAUUGAUCCUCCCAAAACCGAGGAGCGAGCCGAGCGAGAACCGUUCGUGUGGAAGAGAGUGAUUUGCUGCAGUCACUUCCGCCAGCUGUACGCCCGGGCGGCAAUCGAUAUAUAGCGCCCGGAGUGUGUUACCUCGGUGCGACUUUUGCGUCGUAAAUUCCGCUUCGACCGGAGAAAGCACCAGCUUUCGAACGAUCGAAAUCGUUCCGUGCACCGGAACACACACAGAUUUUCCUGCCUGACUCCGAUACCAAGACAAGACAGUUUCGCUCUCAGCAUGAACGGAUACAUUCGAGGCCAGGAGGCGUCCUUUAAGCAUCUUUCUUUCGCAACCGAUCUUUCGCGCGUUCGCGGAUCAAUCCUUGUGUUCUAGCUAUGUAAAUGCUGUGUGCCUUGCAGAGGCAUGUUGGGCUCUACUGCUAAUGGUCGUUUAAUGGGCCCUGGUGUUGGUUCAUCAACGUCAUCGUCGUCGUCGUCGUCGUCCCUAUCUGCCGCUGCUGCACUGCAACAGCAGCAGUCGUCGCACACGUCGCAUCCGCAACACCAGCUCGGCCAUCACCCGUUUGCGGGCCUUCCGGCACACCACCAUCAUCCGUUGCAGCCGCAACAUCCUGCCCUUUCGUCCCAUCACCAUCAUCAUCAUCAUCAUCAUCGAAGCAUUUGGCCAUCGUUAGGUGCAGCAACUGGCCGAACUGCAUACGAGCUACAGACCGCAACCAAUGGCGAAGUGACCGAAUCACUUUUUGCCGCUGGAGGAUACAACACACCUCCUGCCAGCUCCCCAUUUCUGCCCUGCUCUCCGUUAGAGCUUGUGGCCAAAAACUUUCACAGUGCCGGAGCUGCCCUCUCCUUCAGUCAGGCAAACAGCAGCAUCUUCGUGCAGUCGCAGACCGAUUUCAUCAAUGGCAUCACGUCGGUCGCGAAGAAAACCGAAACCUGCAUCGGACGGUGGGAGCAUGGCACCAUAGAACCGCUGCAGAUACAGGUACCAUCGAACUCAUUUUUGCCACCGGCAGCCACUGGCAGCUUCGCACUCAACUCACCAGAGAGCGCCAGUUCCGGCGGGGACCCUUUUCUGGCCCGCGCCCGUGACAAGCUUCAGCCGUCGUACGGUGGGGCGUUCCAUGCCGACGAUCCGUACCUUCGCAGCUACUGCAUCGAGCGUGAGUACCACGAACGAUUGCUAGCGACGCUCGCGACGAGGGACGAUAGACCAUCGAACCCUCCUCAUCUGCCAGCUCGUACUCGUCACGGCGAGACGUUCGAUCGCUACGACUCGACGGCUCUGCUGAGUCCGACCUCGCCUCCUACCACCAAGUCACCGUACUGCGAGUACGGCAAGCGCAGGCAACACUCGAUCUCGCUCGAACGGUCGUCGGAGGUCGUGCGGUCGGCGACGAACGAUAUCGAUGCUCGAUCGCUGCCGCUCCUCCAUACGUCACACACUCCCCGGCAGCCUACUUCCCGGCCGCAGCAGCGGCACCUCGAAGCUGCGCCAGCACCGCCGGAACUGUCCGGCAGUGCCCAGCAACCUGCAACCGCUGAUCGGCAGCAGCAGCAGCAGCAUCAGGAGCAGCAGAGCGAAGCAUCAAUCAAACCGGCCACAGUAACGCCACCGUCGUCACAACAGACGCACGAAUCGGCGCCAUCUAGUGAAGCUGUCAAUCAUAGACCACGGCGCCGUUGGGCAGCUCUGCAUUCGGCGCACGCCAGCAAAGCGAACGGGAGCGAGUGCGUACCACCGACGCUAACCUCCGACCGUACAGCCGUCGGUGGGGAGUCAGCAGCGACGACUUCUAACGCUAGGUCCGGUGCCUCUUGCAGACCCAAGUCACCAGGACAGCAGUCCGAAGCGCUUCGGGCGGCACAGCGGCUUCCGAAGAAGCGACGCUCGAUCGUAUUCGAACGGACGGAGGAAUCUUCUACCGUUAGCCGUGACACGGACAGCAAGACCGUUGUUCACAUCAAGCGUGAACCGUGUCAGGUGUCGGAAGUCACCACAUCGAACAGCUUCGAAGCGUCCAGCAACGCGACGGCCCUGAAUGCCAUCAUAAAGCUCGAAGCAUCCUCCCCGAAGGCACUAACGGCGGCUGGCGGUAGUAGUAGUAGUAGUAGUGGCAGUAGUGCCAGCAGCAACCCGGCACCGGUUGCCCGGGCCCACCACCACCAUCUCAGCCACAGUGCCAGCGCAAUCAUUAGCAACGUUACCGUGGGUGGCAGCACUGGUACCUCCGGUAGCGCGACACUCGGCACCGGCGGAGGUGCCAACGCCAGCUCGAGCGCCGUCGCCGCCACGAUGGAACAACUCGGGCUAGCGUCGGGCACCACCAGCAACACGCAGCAGCAUUCAACUACCCAACCACCCGGCACGACCACCAGCACCACCGCCUCAUCCGUCGCCUCCAUCCCGGUGGGCAUCGCGGUCGCCCGCCAACGGCUCCAGGAAAGUGCGACCACCCCGGCGUCCCAGCUGCACCCCACGAAAGAGCUGAAUCGGUACAGCGUAGGGCUGGCGGCGGCCGCUGCCGCUGCGGCUACCAAUGGUGGCUCGCUGAACGGCACUGUCGGUACAACGGCCGAUCUGGGCUGCGCAACGCCCGGACUGAGCCAAAACAUGUUUUUCACCGGCACCAACUCCACCAUGAUCCCCCUCGCGCCGGACACGGUCGCGAUGGGCGUGACCAAUGCGGCGGUGCAGAACGCCGUCCGCACACCACCCGCCCUCUGGCAGUAUCCUGCUCCCGUCCCCAUGGAAUCGAUGCUGCCCUUGCCGCCGAUACCGCCCGUCGGCUUGCAGCUGGUGCGGGAUCCCAGCACCGGCCAGAUUCUGUUCCUUCCCGCUGCAGCGACAAUCGCCAAUCCGUCAAACUUUCUAGAUAAAAUCUAUAUUUCUUGUAUAGAACCAUUCCAACAAGCGGUCGUGUGGCCCUCGUACCCGCAAUCGACCGCCUCGCAGCAUCUGCUCCUGCCGCAGCUUCCGCCGCCGCCGCAGCCGCAGCUCCAGCCACCACCGUUGGCUCCGCUGCAGAUGCUAAGCUCGGACUACAUGAGCACGGCCAGCACAACGCUCCAUCAGCAGCACACACAAUCGCACCACAGCACCCGGUACCUUGCGCUGACGUCCGCAGAAUCGAGUGGCAAGCGAACGUCCUCCAGUGCCGGCGGCAAACAAUCGCAAACGACGGGCAGCGCGGUCGGAUCGAGUGCCGGAUCGGGCAGCACCUGCGGCCAGCCCACGAUUCCCCUGCCCAUACCGGCACCGCACGCAUUUAUCAAGCUCGAAGACUGCUCCACCAGUGCCGGUAUCGCGGGUACGAUCGGUGGCGCCACGUCUGCUGCGUCCACGUCCCAUCUGGCCACCUCCCUUUUCGGCACGCUGAGCGAGCUGGACAAAUCGAGCACGUCGGCCGGUUCGACGGCAGCGAGUGCGCUCACGAACGGGGCAGCCUCCCAUUCGCACCUUGCCCUGACGGCGACCAGCGAUCUGACGUCACAGCUGCUCUUUCAACCGGGCAGCUUAAUACACAUCGCGCCGCACCAUCCCUCCAAGCCGCCCGCACUGCUGGAAGCAGCGCCGGCGGCCGGCGGGACGCUCAGUGCGGGCAUCACCAACCACACGCCGCCGCCUUCCGCUCUGUCCACGACGCUGCUGGCCGGCUUUAGCCACUCGGCGCACCAUAUCGCCACUAGCAGCCAUCCUCCGCCGCUGGUGCUGUCCGAGGUGCCGGCUACCACCACCUGUCUGACGCCUCCGCCCGACACCACCACCACGACCAAUGCCACCAAUACCACCGGCACGCUGCACGCGCAAACCAACGCGACGGACGGUGGUGCGGCGGAGGUAACGGAAGCGCCCGAAGUGCAGGACGCCAACAUACAGACGGACACGCCGAUCAUGAGCGAGGACGAGACGACGCAACCGCCAACCGGUGGUGCUGGUGCUGGUGGUACCGAGUCGGAAACGACGGGCGGCCCCGAGCCGGCCACCAUCAUGUCGACGGAUGCGACCCUGGCGGCCGCUUACCACGCGCUUGCAAGCGAACAAUCCCUGUGCCAUAGCACGCUCAUCAACAGCAGUGGCGAUUCGGCGAUCGAGCCGGACCUGUCCACGUCGGGCCUGUUGAACGCCACGUGCACCUCCAACUGUGAUCAGGUCGAGAUGGAGCUGGAGCCGGUUGGUCGGACGGGUGUAGCAGCACCGCCGGCGACGCCCCUUCCCCAGCCGCUGGCACCCAUCCAGCACGAGCCGGAAAACCUUUCCGUCGCUCCAGCGGCCAGCGUCGCCGGCGGCCCGCAGCGAAGACUGACGAAGCUGGAGCUCCACUCGCCGACCGGGCCCGCGCCAGCGAGAAGUGAAAAGGAGCUAGCAGGCCGGUCGACUGGAGGAGGAGGAGGAGCGCCCCACACGCAGCAGGACCAUCCAGUGGAUCUGAGCGGGCUGGAGCUUCUGUCCCACAGUAUCGAGGUGUUCCAGAAGAAGUCCUCCCUCAUCAAGAAGGAACCGAUCUCACCGCAGCUGCCACCAGAGCCGGCUUCCUCCCACCCAGUGCCAUCGUUACCCGCCGCCGCCUCAGCCCCGCCGGAGCUAGGGCAAGUGGCAGCAGCCUCCUGCCAGCUGACGGCGCCACCGGUCGCUGCGGCGCCACCAGCCGUGCCGGAAGCGUUCCUGCGCACGGACGAGCCCAUGGGAGGGCUGAACCUGCUCUGUGCCCUCGCCGAGCAGCGCUUCCAGGAGGAGGGAAUGUUCAAGAAAGACUCACCCGCCACAUCCAGCAGCUCGGGCAGCAGCAGCAGCAGCGGCGGCAGCAGCUACAGCAGCAACAUAUCGCCAAGCAGCUCCAGCAGCAGCACAGCGUCCCCGCCAGCAUCUCCGCCGAAUGCGGCAGGCGGUGCUAAACAAGCAGUGGGAAGCCAGCAGCAGCAGCACCAGCAGGAGUACCCGAGCAUCGGAGCCGCACCGGCGCACCACGCCCUGGCCCUGCUGGCCGCGUCGGCUGGCGGCGUCGAGCAUGGCUCGCGCAAGCGCAAACACCACAAACAUUCCAAGGACGGCAGUGGGAAGAAAUCGAGCAAAAAAUCGAAACUCGAGAAGGAGCUGCGGCGGGCGGAGAAGCGUCGCAAGCACAGCUCGGACGGCACGUCGCCCGACGCCGACGGUGCUGACCUGGACGCGGAGCUGAAGGAAAGCCUCACGCGCAUCAAGGCGAAGAUGAACCGGUGCAGCUGCAAGGACGCGGACGAGAAGGACCAUCGCUGCUGCCGGUCCCAGUGGCCGACCGCGAACGAGCUGUUCAGCGUGAUCGAGUCGGACAUGAAGGAGCGGCUGGAGCGGAUCACGCGCCAGUGCGAGGAGAAGAAGCGCGAGCUCGAGCAGAUGAGCACGGCGGCGGUGGCGAAGGUGAAGCCGCUGGCCAACAGCGGCAUGGUGCGCAUCCCCGACAUGGGCAAGGCGUACUUUGGCGGGUUCGGCGCAAUGGCGGCGGCCGGCGGCGCCAUGCUGAACACGUUCGGGUCUGGCAGCACGUCGUCGGGUGCGGGCGGCGGCGUGCCCGGCUCCGUGCUCGGUCACGGGCUGGGCGGGCCCAAGUUCAGCACCAUCCCGGCACUGUCGCCCAACUUUUCCUCCUCGUCCAACUCGACCACGUUCGUGGAGCUGCCGAAGCUCAGCUCGGACACGGACUCGAGCGGCAAGCGGGAGGACGACGACGCCUGCUCGAUGGAGCGGCUGUCCUACUCGAAGCGCAAGGGCGGCAUCCCGAAGAAGCACGACGAGCUGACGCUGACCGAGACGAUCGUGGCGAAGAAACCGAAGAGCCUGGUGGGCUACAUUCUUGCGUCGAAGAACACGCGCGAUAGUGGCGUGAAGGAUGCGGCGGCGACGCAUCAAAAGCCGGAGAAGCAGCAUCACAACCACUGGAGCCACGUGUUGCAUCACAGUGGCCCGAACGGGGGAACCAUUGGGCUGGGACACGCGAAACAGCAGCAGCAGCAGCCCAACCCCCCUCACCACCAUCACAUCAGUGAGUCCAAGUUCAAAAAGUCGCCCAUCCACUCGUCCAAGUUCGAGAGCGCCACGACCAGCGACGACACCAGCAACCUGUCGGACAGCUCGCUGAAGCCGCAGGUGAAGAUCCGCUCGCCCGCCGGCGGUGUGUUUGCGUUCGAGGACGAAAACAGCAAACCGUCCGAUGCGGCGUUCUCCAUCUUCGGCGGCAAGCCGUCCAUCUUCGACAAGGUGAAGACGGGUGCGGCCGGCGGCACCGUCAGUGCGCAGGUGAACCCGCUCGUCGGCCUGAAGGUGUCCCCGGUGAAGGCGGCCGUCGUGACGCCGCUAAUGAAACCGCAGCCGCAUCUGAUUGCUGCCAACGGCGCCACCAACGGCACGCUGGUCGGUGGGCCACCACCGAUCGUGAAGCGCAAAAAGUCGCGCAGCAAGGACCGCAAACGGCGCAGCUCGGAGAAGAAGCGCAUCGAUCAGCGCUGUCUGCUGACGAGCGAGCACCUGGGCAAGGACAAAACGCGCGUGCUGACCGCGAUGGGAGGGCUGUUCUAUGCCGGGUGUUUGAGUGCGGUGCAGCCGCCCGACAUUUACGCAGUGACGCUGGACGGCGAGCGUGGCAAUCGGCCGCACAUCAUGUCCCGGGAGGAGGUGCUGCGUGAUGCGAUCCUGGAAGUAGCGCCCAAGUCGGUGGACGACAUCAUUCCCGGAACGCGGCUCUGCGCCUACUGGAGCCAGCAGUAUCGCUGCCUGUACCCGGGCGUGGCAGCCGAACCUGCCUCGCCCGAUCCGGAGAAACGCUUCGUCAACGUCGAGUUCGACGACGGGGACAAUGGCAAGAUCGCACUCGAGGACAUUCGCUUCCUGAUGAGCGACUACCCGAUAGUCGAAUACGAUCCCAAUCCUCUUUUAUCGCUAGGCAAGCGUAAGCGCCAACCGAGCCAUUCCGAACCGUGCCCCCAGCUCGGAACGCUCGGGCCAGCCUCGAUGGUGCCGCAACAGCAACAGCAACAACAGCAACAACAGCAGCAACAACAGCACCAGCCACAGCAACAGACCAUCGUCGGUCAUCCACCAGUGCCACAUAUCCAGCCGUCGUCCGGCACGCCGCUGACGGCCACCGUUACACCGAUGAUCUCCUCACCGCUCGGUACCGGCGGCUCGUCCAUCAACAGCUUCGCGCUGACGACGGAGCGGGCCGAAAAGCGGCUGCACGGCGAGGCGUACCGGGAAGAGCGCCGCCGGCUGAAGAAGAUACGCAAGGACAAGCUGCGCCGUCUGGCGGCGAACAAUGCGGAACUGGCGGCGGCCGGUGGAACUACCACCACCACCACCACCACCGUGCACAAGCACAAAAAGUCCAAAUCGAAGUGCUACGACGAGUUCUGCAAGCAUCGGAAGCACAAAAAGCGACGAAAGCACAAGAAGCACCACCGGGACGCGGUGCUGGUGGCGCCGUCCUCGCCCGAGGAGGGUGCCACCGUCGAGGCCGGGUCCGGCUCGAUGGACGACGACAUCUCGCAGGGCGACAGUGCGUCCCAGACGGCCGGCCAGUUUAGCCCGCGGCCGGCAGUGCAGCGGGCCGAGGGCGGUGUCGUCGCCCGCACGCCGGCGGCGGAGAAGGACGGCACGCUGACGGAGGAGGAGGUCAGCUCGUCCGUCACCGAAAGCUCCGGAUCGUAUUAUCAACCGCAGCAGAAGAAAGGCUCGGCGACGGAGCGGAAACCGUGCACCGAACAAAAUGGCAGCAAAAUCGCUGCCUUCCUGCCCGCCCGCCAGCUGUGGGCCUGGUGCGGCAAGGGCUACCGGCGGUCGACCGGGCGCGUCAAGAAGCAGUUCUAUAAAUCCAUCCAGCGGGGCAAGGAAACGAUUUCGGUGGGCGACUCGGCCGUAUUCCUCUCGACGGGGCGGCCCGACCGGCCCUACAUCGGGCACAUCGAAUCGAUGUGGGAAACGUCCACCAACAACAUGGUGGUGCGCGUCAAGUGGUUCUACCAUCCCGAGGAGACGCAGGACUGCCCCAACCUGAAGUACCCGGGCGCUCUGUUUCAGUCGCCACACGAGGACGAAAACGACGUGCAGACGAUCUCGCACAAGUGUGAGGUGCUGGGCCUGCGGGAGUACACCGCCAAGUUCGGGGCCGAUCCGAAGCAGUACACCGCGAUCUACGACAACAACGACACGUACUAUCUGGCCGGCUAUUACGAUCCGACGGUGAGGACGAUCAAAAUGCAGCCCGAAAUCGAAGUGUUGCCGCCAAACGAAAGGUGGGUAACGAUGGCGACGGCGACGGCGGCGACUGCUUCCAUGACGCCGGCCGCAUCAACUGCAGGGCUAGCAACAUCCAAGUCCCCGCCUAAUAACAACGGCAGCAGCAGCAGCAGCAGCAGCAACAGCAGCGGCAGCAACGGCAACAACACCAAAGCAAGCAAUCACGUUGGCCACAGUGUUGUUUCUGCUUGAACAGAGCUCAUCCCCGCGCACAUCCGGCGGUGUGUAAAUCAGUGCUAACACACUGAGCGAGAGAGAGCGAGAGGGAGUAAAAGAGAGAAAAAGAGAGAGUGAAAACAUGUACAUUAAUGCUCUACAAGAGCAGGCAGCAACAGAGAAAAUGCAAAACUGUUACGGAAAUGCAACAAACGCUAAACCAUACAAAUCAAUCCUAGAGCCAGUCACUUUACAAAAGUGUCCAUAAGUCCGCGUGUAGCUUAAGAGGUGUUAGAGGUUAGAGGUAGAGUUAGAUCAUCGCACCAACUCGUGGCAUAUCGCUCCGAGAAGCGUGCACCCUGUAUAUCGAUGUAUGUACAAUAUUUCGCGUAGUUUUAAGCCGUAUAGGCUAAGUAAGUCUAGGCCAUAGGGCAUUAGGUUGGGCCGCGGGAUGCGAUGACGGACUGGGGAGGAGGACUCGGUCGUCGUUGGCCGCGUAUUUUUGUGGCAAUUAUUUAUUCAUUAACAAAACUUCCUGUCCGGCGUGCCACCACGUCCGGUGUGCUUGUGUUGUGAUCGUUAGAAGGAUGUAAAUAGAGUUAACACGGAGAGAGAAACAGCAUACAUCCCACUCUGGGAGAUCUUCUUUACAGCAUACACACACACACAUAUAUAUCAAUGAAGGUAGCGUUUGAGUGUCUAUUUAGUAAUCGUCCCCAAGAAACGGGUUAACCGGUGCAGAAGCGAUACGAUGGCAACGACUGAAUCACAUGACGCAGUAUCCGUUGGAAAUAGAAAUUAAAAAAAAAAACUAAAACCCACACACCCAAACAACACACAUAUGCAUACACAAUCGGGGCGCAUUAGGUCGCGAUUGAAGGUGGACUACAGUGUAGAAGAGAUAGAGAGAGAGACAGUGUGUGUGUGUGUCCAGCAAAGAUGGGUAUAUUUUUCUACACAUUGCAAGCAGCAUAUUUAUACACAGCUUAACAUUUUACGGUGACACGGCGCCUCUCUCGUGAUGGGAGAUUUAUCGGGUGAUAUGUACGUUUUGUGUUUUGUGUGAUACGGCGAAAGAAGGGCGGAAGAAUGGAGAAGCAAUGGAUGUGAUUUUGUGUUCUUCGUGUCCGGACAUACCACACACCCCACACACAGACACACCUUUUCGGCUUCGACGUAUUUUUGGAUGAAAGACAAAUAAAGGAAAAAGAUAAAACUAUCAUGAAAUUAUAAAAAAAAAAAGUAACACAAGUUUUCGGAAGAGCUUUUUUGGAGAAAUUGACAAUUACCUCUGCUAUACAAGUUUAUACCAAAAAAAGAAACAAAAA